UUAAUAUUCACAAAGUCGAACGUUAGUGCAAACUUAUAUGUAACUUAUGUAAUGUAGAUGUGACGCAAUAAGAAUAAUCUUACUUUGAUUGCUCGAAAGUUGAAAUUUAUUCGAAAGAUAUCGAGCAUACACAUUAAACAUAGAUAUAGUGUUAGGAAUUAUAAGGGAAUUAUAAUAGUGAAUUAGUCAUGUAAGAAGUAACGUGACUUUUCCGGGAAUAAAAUGAGUAAAGUGCUUGAACUAAGAAUUUAGUUAUAGCAGUACGAUUGAUUUGAUCGAGUGGUUUUAUUAAUAUUUAUCAGUCUGUCAUAGUUCAUUAGUACAUCAAUAUGUCAAGAUCUACUUUAAACGAAAAUAAUCAAAAAUUAUUAAUCGGUAAUAUUGGUGAUCAAGUAAAUGAAAUCUAUUUAAAUGAAAGUAAAAAAAAUGAGAUUAAAAAUGAAAAUUUUACGAGUGAGGUCAAGUCGGAAAGUCGGGUUCUUGUUUUAUACACUGGUGGUACUAUAGGAAUGAUUAGAAAUGAAAAAGGCGUGUUGAUACCGAAGGCAAAUUCUUUUGUUAAUAAUUUACGACAAUUUUCUCACCUACAUGAUCGUAAUUAUGCCGAGAAAAUAUAUGGCAAAACGACUAGCAACUCCUUUGGUCCUUUGGUUUUACCGGUUAAAACUACGGAUAAGUGUCGUGUUAUCUAUGACGUAUUAGAAUACUCACCACUUUGCGAUUCCAGUGACAUGACUAUGGACGAUUGGAUUCGUAUUGCUAAUGAUAUCAAAAAAUAUCACGACAAUUAUGACGGAUUUGUGGUAUUACAUGGAACAGAUACUUUGAGUUACACAGCAUCCGCUUUGUCAUUUAUGUUGGAAGAUCUUGAUAAAAUAGUUAUCUUAACCGGCUCCCAAGUUCCAAUAUUCGAUACAAGAAAUGAUGGAAUAGAUAAUUUUCUUACUUCUUUGGUAAUAGCUGCCAAUUAUAGUAUACCUGAAGUAUGCGUAUAUUUUGGAACGAAUCUUAUGCGAGGAAAUCGUACCAGUAAAGUUUCGGCUACAUCUUUUGAUGCAUUUCACUCUCCUAAUUUUCCACCUUUAGCUAGGGCCGGAAUAAAUAUAGAAGUGGACUAUCGUUUGUCAAAAUAUAAUUUAAAUCCAGGAAACUUUACGGUACAUUCGAAAUUGAAUCGAAACGUCGGUCUCUUGAGACUUUUUCCUGGUAUUACUGCAGAUCUAGUGAAAGCAUUUCUUCAACCACCAACUGAAGGUGUUGUGUUGCAAACAUAUGGUUCUGGUAACGUGCCUAGUAAUCGCGAAGAUAUUUUCUCUGAAUUUCGUGCGGCUACAGAACGUGGUGUUAUUAUCAUUAAUAUUACACAAUGUACAACUGGUUGUGUAUCGGGUACUUAUAAAGCAGGAAAAUUAUUAGAAGAAAAUGGUGUAAUAUCAGGUUUUGAUAUGACGCCAGAAGCCGCUCUAGCCAAAUUAGCUUAUGUAUUAUCUAAUACAGAAUGGAAUAUUAAAAAAAAGCAAAGAAUAAUGCAAAGUAAUUUACGAGGAGAAUUAACAUCAAGUCAACUUCCAUUCAUGUUCGAAACAGAUUUAGUGAAUGCCGUAGCGAGAUCAUUAAAAUUAUCAUCAAGAGUUGAAUUUCAAGAACUGACCUCCAUUCUUUUUCCUGCUAUGCUCAAUGCGGCUGUAGUUAAAUGCGAUAUCGACAAGUUAAAAUCAUUGAUGGAAUAUGGUGCUGUCAUAUCACAAACAAACGUAGAUGGUCGAACUGCUCUUCAUAUUGCUUGUUGUCAAGGAAAUUUAAAUAUUGUACAAGAACUUUUAAAGAUGGGUGCUAACGUUAAUAAAAAGGAUCGUUAUCAUCGAACUCCACUUAUCGAAGCUAUUGAUGGUGACCAUCAUGAGAUUGUCAACAUUUUAUUAGAACAUGGUGCUAAACUAGACGAAAAUAAUAUAGGAAAUAAAAUUUUUGAUAUAGUUGGAAGUGGAAACGCUAAACGUCUCAAGUUAUUUUUAAUUGCUAAUCCUAAUAUUUCACAAAUAAAGGAUACAUCUGGAAGAACGUUAUUACAUUUAGCUGCACUUAAAAAUGACGUAACUAUUAUUAAAUUAUUAUUAAAUUACAAAGCAAAUUCUGAAUCUAUUGAUAUGAUCGGACACACACCGUUCGACAUUGCAAGAUUAGUUAAAGCUCUAGACGCAAUGGAGUGUCUUAAGUUUUACGAGUCUAUUAAAUAAAAUUACAUUAUUUAUUGAGACAAGUCAUUUUAGAUCUUCAAUAUGGCAAAACAUUAAUUAUUUAUUAAUACAAAUAAUCAUUUAAUAAAAAUUAAUUUAUUAGCCACAGAGUAGAUCUUCAAUAUACGGCAAGAUAUUUAAUAUUAAUUAACAUAUUGAUUAGAUAAUUAAUCAGUAUCGUUCGUAACAUUUUAAUCACUUAAGAAAAAACAAAUUACUAUAUCUUGACAUAUUUGUAUUGUUUUAUAUUAAAUAGCAAAUAUCACAGU